AUGGCGACUUGCGUGGCCUGCCAGCAGCCAUUGAUCCUAGAGAUCGACGGCUCAGACGACGAUGAAGAUGUCGAAGUAGGUGGUUUAAGCAGCGCUCCCACGCCAUCCGCAACAAAAACUGUUCCGGACGACGUUGGAUUGGCCUGUGGCUGUCAUUUUCACUGGCAAUGCCUUCUCGACGCGUAUACCGUUACGGAGUGCCCGAAUUGCGGAACGAACCUGGCAACACCAUCCCCCUCGGGUGGGGAACAGGUCCUGUGCACAUUAAAAAACGAGGGAGGUCUCCAAGAGAACCUUGAUAUCCUUCCCCUCCUUACCGAAGAGAGCUACCUCAGAGCGUAUCCGGAGGAGCGCAAAUGCCGGGCAUUCUUAGAGUUCUGCCGCGAAGGAGAGGUGCAGGCUAUUGUAGCUAUGCUUCAGGAUGACGAGGAUGAGGAGGAGACCAUGCAGGAGGGAGAACCGAUUGACGUCCUCCGGUACCAGGACCCUAUCGGCGAUAUGCAGUCCGGAUUGCACGCAGCCGUUGCGGGAGGUAGCCGGGAGGUUGCCUGGCUGUUGCUUCUCCUAGCUUCUGAACUCGACUUACAGCAGUUCCCGGCACCGGUCUUUCAGGAGGCGGGGGCUAUGGGAUUGAUGAGGGAAGACCAGACGGGGAAGGUAGAUAUCAGGAGCCUCAAAGACGCACAAGGCAGAACUGCGGAGGACUUGGCAGCCGCAAUGGGAGGCGUAUGGGUCGGAUGGCCAGGUACCGGGAGGCUCGCGGUAUGA